GAAACGAGACAGACAACAACGGGGAAAUUCCCUGUUGUCUACCGGAACUUGACCCUGUUUUCAGUUUCGUUGUACUUAGUACUUUCGCUUUCCUUCAGUAAACAUGCCGGUUUCCGUGACUGAUUUACAGCGUGUUAUGGCCAUUCUGGCCGAUGAAGAUGAACUUAAAGUAACCGUUAAAGGUGCUACUUAUGGCGGUGUUAUCGCUGGAAUUACUACGACUGUUGGAGGACUUGUUGGCGGUCCGGCAGGGUUGCUCGUUGGAGGCGCUCUUGGAGGAGUGUUAGCUUAUGGAGCUUCUGGAGAUUUCAAGCCUGCUUCCCAAAUAAUCAAAGACAUGAAUGCUCAUGACAGGCAACUUCUUUACGACAGUGUCAAAGAAAUCGUCGAAAACGUGGCGGUCGACGAUUACCUAGCUCUUAUCGCCUUCCUGAGUGGCGGUCCUGGAUUGUUGGUUCGACAACAACUCAUGGAUGGACUGGUUUCGUUUCUGAGGAACAAUAUGCGACUACAAGUACCUCAAAGUUGAGUCCAGUUUCGAAGAGAGUGACAUUUAAUAAAGAUUCAUACCAGUGUAACAGAUAGAAGAUGUAUAACGAAUGGUUAAUCACUACAGACAAAUUUAGACUUUGACGUACGUAGCAUUGUUGUUAAUGAUAACCAUCAUAAGCACGUGGUACACAAGUAUCUUGAAUAGUUAAAUGUGACCAUGAUAUAGUCCAGAAAUAUAUUUGUAUUAUCCGAUAGACAGAAAGAAAAAUGUAUUUGUGUUAAUUUUCAAUUUCCCUUGUCUCUAUAUCUUUGUAACAUUUGUGACACUCUUUCUCAUUUCUUAUUUAAAUUAUUUUAAAAGUAACUGUAUUUAGGUGUAAUGAGUAAGUUAAUUUUCCGAACUUUUGGCCAGAUUACUAAGAUGGCAUGUUGGCUUGAUAAGUUGUCAUUGCAGCUUUGAUAACUUUUGAUCACAUAUAAUUUAUUGACGGACACAAGGAAAUAAAGUUAGGCUGAUUCAGGUAUAA